AUGCCGAGCCAGCUGGAAGGUGCGAUGGAUGCGCUGAUAACCGUUUUCUACAACUACUCCGGAAACGACGGAGACAAGUACAAACUCAACAAGGGCGAGUUAAAACAACUGCUGAACAGCGAGCUCACCGACUUCCUCACGUCUCAGAAGGACCCAAUGCUGGUAGAGAAAAUCAUGAGUGACCUGGACUCUAACAAAGACAACGAGGUGGAUUUCAAUGAGUUUGUGGUGUUGGUGGCUGCCCUCACCGUCGCCUGCAACGACUUCUUCCAGGAGCAGCAAAAGAAGAAAAAUAAGUAA